UAACUUCAUAGUACGGACCUGGAUUACGCCGAAAUCGAAUCGAUAGCUCGAACGGAAGACAAAUCAACGAAAUCAAACGAACGGGUCAAAUUGAGUCAAAAUACGAAAUCGACCAAUCAAUCCGGCGUGGAGGCGCGGGAACCAUGCCCCGAUGGCGGUGACGUCGUUCAAGACGCCGGUGCCGCAGCCAUCACCUUUCAAGCCCCAGCUGGUACGCACCAUGGCCCCUGUCAACUUGGCCGGCGCACUUAACGCUGCAGGGCCGUCGCGUCCCCCGCAAGCUACGAAUCCGCAGAUCACUCCUGAUGGUCAUUGCGUCUCAAUUGAGAGCGAUGACGGCGAGUGGGACAUCCCGAGGGCCCACAAGAAGAAGAAAGGAAAAAACAUCCGGCCAGCGACCUCCCGAAACUCCGCCUUCGAAAGGCUGGGGGAUAAGGAGGAAGGCGAGAGAAAGUCAGCCAAGCAAAGGCUGGGGCAGAGCGUUGCCCAUGUCAGCGCAUUCGCCCGGCUAGGAGAGGUGCGGGAGGCCGAGCCUGCCCGCACUUGGCGCUCCCGGUCUAACCGGCAGGAGCCAGCGAGGACGAGGGCCUCUCGUCAAGAAGAGGAAGCAGAGAGCCAGCCCAGGUUACCGGUGGCGAACCGGUUGACCAUCCCGAAUGACCGCGUCCAGCAGAUGGAGGCAAAAUUGGAAAGGCUGGAGAAGAAGGCCGGAGAGAAGAAUGACCGGGACAAACCCCUGGCAGGGUCGCCGUUCACCACAAGGGUCCAUUUGACACCUUUCCCGCGAAAGACCUUGCGGAACCGAGCCACUGAAUGGUUCAAUAAGCUUCGCCCGGGAAACAUUGACUCGUUCAGUGAUUUGGCCUCAAAAUUCAAGGCCAAGUUCCAGGAGAAUUGUACUAAGAGGAAGAAAUUCACCUAUCUUAGUACAGCCGGGCAGAGGGAGUCUGAGAACCAUACUCAGUUCCUUACCCGGUGGAAGGAAGAGGUGGACAAGGUGGAAGAGAUGGAUGACAAGACCGUCCUCUCCCUCCUCUUGAAUGGCUUGCGUGCUGGGAACUAUACAAGGGGUUCUGCCGGAAACCCCCAACCACGUACCAAGAGGCCUACCAUACUGCGUGGGAGUUUGCUGAGGCUGAAACUCAACUCCGGGCAAAGAGAGAAGCUGAGCAUGGUCACAAGUCCAAGCCGGUGCAAGUCAAGAAGGAAGAAGCACCGGGACCUAGCCGGCCGAGGCACCACUAUGACCCGGUCACCCGGGUGGUCAAUACGGAAGAAUGCCAAGAAGUGCGGAAAGCACCUGUCAUUCCUCCAGAAAACCCUACCGAUGAUCGACAGUGGAGAGCUGGGCAAAGAUUACUUGCAGAAAGCCCAGGAGAAGAGUCAUCAAUGGGUUAGGCCAACUGCCCCAGGGGAUGACCGGGACAAUGACCGGCGGAGGAAUAACCGGCCAAGGGAGCGGCAACCUGCUCCCGAAAAAGAGCACAUCGGCAUGAUCUUCGGCGGACCCGAGGGUGGAGAUUCAGCCGCGCAGCGGAAGAACUGGGUCCGGAGCAUUUACGUUGGAGAGGUAAGUGCUGAACCGCCCAGGCGUAAACAUACUAGGAGGGAGCCGAUCGUCUUUACUGACCGGGAUCUCCCUCCUACCGGUGAAGAUCACAAUGAUCCAUUGGUCAUCACCAUGGACAUUAAUGGGGUGGAUGUCGCCCGGGUACUUGUUGACACCGGCAGCAGUGUCAACAUCUUAUACCUGGAGACCUUCCAAAAACUCAGGUUGUGUCGAACACAACUUGAACCCCUCAAAACCCCUCUCUCAGGCUUCACGGGGGACACCGUUGAAGCUGAAGGAUCGAUAGUUCUACCGGUCGAACUAGGAUCAGGUGGUGUGGGUGAGGUGAAGGGCGACCAGAGGAACGCCCGGGAGUGCUAUGCCCGGGCAGUCAAGAAAAUGACCAAGGGGGUCAUUGUCAUCUCCCAAGAGAUCACAAAGGGAGAGACCCGGGAGAAAUUGGAGCCCGAGGCCGAGACGGUGGAAAUCGAACUUCACCCGGGUGAUUCUUCGAGGAUGGUCAGAAUGGGAGCAAAUCUCCCCGAGGAUCUCAAGGCACAGAUUACACGGGUCCUCAAAGAAUACGUGGGCAUAUUCGCAUGGAGCGUGGCGGAUAUGCCCGGGAUAGAUCGCUCUGUUAUCUACCACUUGUUGGCCGUGAGGGAGGGAAGUCGACCGGUACGACAGAAGAAGCGGUACCUGGCCAGUGACCGGCGAGAGUUCGUCAAGAAGGAAGUGAAGGACCUCCUCAGUGUUGGUCACAUCUGGGAAGUCAAAUACCCGGAUUGGAACCUCAUCACUGACAACGGCCCGCAAUCCCGAAAUCCAAGAUUCACCGAAUACUUGGAGGGCUUCGGAAUCAAGCACAAUCGCUCUUCGGUAGCGUACCCCCAGAGAAAUGGCCAAGUCGAAAACGCCAACCGAACAAUUGUGGAUGGUCUAAAGAAACGGCUGGGAGAAGCAGGAAACAAGUGGCUGGAAGAGCUCCCACACAUCGUAUGGGCAUUCCGAGUAACACCCAGGAGGGCUCACGGGGAAACUUCAUUCUCCCUAACCUAUGGGUGUGAAGCAAGGCUGCCCAUCGAAGCUGAAUUCCCAACAUUCCGGGAAUCAAAUUAUCAACCCCAACAAAAUGAAGAAGACCACUUGGCCGAGCUCAACUUGGUCGAAGAACGAAGAAUGGCCGCGGAAGUUAAAAUGAGUACAUACCAACAAGUUGUGAAGAAGUAUCAUGACAACAAGGUUGGGCCGCGGUACUUCCAAGUUGGGGAUGAAGUCCUACGAAGAAGAGAAGCAAGUAGACCCGGCGAUGGAGGAAAGCUGGCAAAAAACUGGGAAGGCCCAUACAGGGUUAGAGCCAUCAUUCGACCAGGAACGUAUCGAUUAGAAACUUUAGAUGGUGUACCGGUAGAAAGAACUUGGAAUUCCCACCAUCUUCGCAAGUUCUACAAAUGAUUGUAAUACUAGGCGAGGCCUAACCACAUUAUCAAUCAAAGUGAUGUUCAAUA